CCAAUAUGUUAUGUGAUCUUCUGUUAGCAGUAGCUAGUAGAGCUAAUCAGCUACCCACUCCAGCUUUGUGUUUCCUUCAGCUGAUCCGUCUCUCAAGGACUAGUUCAAUAGAAAAAAUCUAUAUAGACCCCUCUAAAGCACCCUAUUUUCCUCAUCACAAGCACCCAAAACAUUUUCUCUUCACACUACAAGGGCUCUUCUGUAGAGAUCAUUCCUAAAAGAAAGAGGGGCAAGAAUGAGGGCAAGAAUGAGUCAAUCCAAGAACUUCCUCAUCAUUUUCUGUGUUCUUGCUCUGGCUCCACUCGGUCUCUGUGCCAAGGCAGGUUAUGGGGGUUACCUUUAUCCACAAUUCUACGACCAUUCUUGCCCCAAGGCUCAAGAGAUAGUGAAGUCGGUGGUGGCCAAGGCCGUUGCGAAAGAUCCUCGCAUGGCCGCUUCACUCCUCCGCUUACAUUUCCACGAUUGCUUCGUUAAGGGCUGCGACGCAUCCUUAUUGCUGGACAGCAGCGGCACUAUAAUCAGUGAGAAGCGGUCCGUCCCUAACACGAACUCAGCCAGAGGCUUUGAAGUGCUUGAUGAGAUCAAAUCUGCACUGGAGAAGGAGUGCCCUCAAACAGUGUCUUGUGCUGACCUGUUGGCCUUGGCUGCCAGAGACUCCACUGUUCUUACUGGUGGGCCUAGCUGGGUAGUGCCACUGGGAAGGAGGGACUCAACAGGAGCAAGCUUGAGUGGCUCUAACAACAACAUUCCUGCUCCAAACAACACUUUCCAGACCAUUCUCACCAAGUUCAAGCUUAAAGGACUUGAUAUUGUUGAUCUUGUCGCCCUCUCCGGAAGCCACACAAUUGGAAAUGCAAGAUGCACCACCUUCAGGCAGAGGCUCUACAACCAGACAGGCAACGGGCAGCCCGACUUCACGCUCGACCAAUCCUACGCCGCUCAGCUCCGCACCCGCUGCCCACGGUCCGGGGGCGACCAGAACCUCUUCUUCUUGGACUUUGUCAGCCCGAUAAAGUUCGACAACAGCUACUUCAAGAACCUGCUGGCUAAGAAGGGGCUCUUGAGCUCCGACGAAGUCCUCGUGACGCAGAGCCAGGCCACGCUGCAGCUGGUGAAGCAGUAUGCGGGGAACCAAGAGCUCUUCUUCGAGCAGUUCGCCAAGUCCAUGGUCAAGAUGGGCAACAUCACCCCACUGACAGGGUCCAAGGGACAGAUCAGGAAGCGUUGUAGGCAGGUCAAUAAAUAAUUGGAAUUACUUCUUCCAUUUCCGGAAUGAAUCAGUCCGUGAGUCUUAAUUUUCUUUGCUUUGUUCUACUCUGUUAUGGCUGUUGUGUACUGGAAUUGCCGAAUCGCAAUUUGUUGUUCUGUUCGAAUGAAGUCAAUAAUUUUUCAUUCAUAA